GGGCUGCCGCCGCCCCCGCUGCCCCUGCAGCCCCCCUUCGGCCCCGGCGGGGCCAGCCCGGGCCCCAGCGGCCCGGCAGAGCUGAAGCCGGUUCGGCGCUUCAUUCCGGACUCGUGGAAGAACUUCUUCAAAGGGAGACGCCACCCCGGCUCCAGCUGGGAUAGCACGGCCUCCGACAUCAGGUACAUCUCGGACGGGGUCGAGUGCUCGCCGCCUGCCUCUCCCGCCCCGCUGCAGCCCGGUGCCAAGGCGGUGCCCGGCUCCUACACGGACCCGUUCGGGGGGUCGGGCGGGAGCUACAACUCGCGGAAGGAGGCCGAGGCCAUGCUGCCCUCCGGAGACCCCUCGGGCUCGCUGGAGCGGCGCGCCGGCACUGGGCGGACGUACAGCGAGCGGGUGGAGGAGUACCACCAGCGCUACGCCUACAUGAAGUCCUGGGCAGGGCUGCUCAGGAUCCUCGGCGUGGCCGAGCUCCUGCUGGGCGCCGCCGUCUUCGCCUGUGUCACCGCCUACGUGCACAAGGACAACGAGUGGUACAACAUGUUCGGGUACUCGCAGCCCUACGGAUACGGGGCGGGCAGCGCCUAUGGGGGAUACUCCUACAGCGGGCCGAAAACGCCCUUCAUCCUGGUGGUGGCGGGCAUGGCGUGGAUCGUCACCAUAGUGCUGCUCGUGCUGGGCAUGUCCAUGUACUAUCGAACUAUCCUCCUCGAUUCCAACUGGUGGCCCCUGACCGAGUUUGGGAUCAAUGUGGCCUUGUUCUUUCUGUACAUGUCGGCUGCCAUAGUGUACGUAAACGAUACCAACCGAGGCGGGCUCUGCUAUUACCAAUUGUUCAAGACGCCGAUAAAUGCAGCUUUUUGCCGUGUGGAGGGCGGUCAGACUGCAGCAAUCAUCUUCUUGUUUGUCACGGUGAUCAUGUAUCUAAUUAGUGCGGUGGUUGCCCUAAAGUUGUGGAGGCACGAAUCGGCCAGGAGACACAGGGAAUUAAUGGAACAGGAGAUGAAAACACAAUCCUCUUUUCCAGAAAAGAAGUAUGAAGCUGAUGACAGGCCAAGGGAAGAAGUCAGUUACAGGCAGCUCAAAUCACUGGAAAGAAAACCAGAGCUACUUAAUGGUCAUAUACCUGCAGGCCACAUUCCUAAACCUAUAGUGAUGCCAGACUACUUAGCGAAAUACCCUGUAAUUCAAACAAAUGAAAUGAGAGACCGGUACAAAGCAGUAUUCAAUGAUCAGUUUGCUGAGUAUAAAGAACUGUCCAUGGAAGUUCAUGCUGUAUUAAAAAAGUUUGAUGAGCUGGAUGCAUUGCUGAAACAGCUUCCGCACCAUCCUGAAAGCAUAUAUGAACAGGAAAGGAUAUUAAAAGUUCUGCAAGAAUACAAGAAGAAGAAAAAUGAUCCUGCAUUUCUGGAGAAAAAGGAGCGUUGUGAAUAUCUGAAGAAUAAGCUUUCUCACAUAAAACAACGAAUUCAGGACUAUGAUAAAGUUAUGAAUUGGAAUGUAGAAACUUAGCAAUGCCUUCAUGGAUGCUAUUUUUUUCUUUUAAAAUCAAUAUGUGUAUUUUAACCUAUUUAUUCAUUCUUUGAACAGUACACCUAUGGGGAUUACUUAAUCACUGUCAUAUAUUUGGAGGUUGUUCAUUACUGAUAGGUUUUGUAUGAAGAUCCAAUUGUAACUGAAGUUACGAGAUAAGUUAGGAAACCUCUGCUAACAUUCUGCUUUCAUUUGUGCAAAUCCUAGCCUCUUAAAUAUGAAUACUUUAUUUGAAAAUACUUCAUUUGCAAACUUGCAAAGCCUGCCAGAGAAAGCAGUUUCCAAAUACCUUGUGGAAACUUUGCACAGAAAUGCUGUUAACAAAAUUGGAUUUAUUUCUAUCUAACAUCUUAAUGAUACCAGAAAGAGCUGAGCUGUUCUUUCUGUGUGGGGUUUUAUGCACUGCCUAAUUUUAUUGAAUAAUUUGGGCAAUUCAGAAGCUAGUUUAAUAAGAAUUUUUGUAUUGUAUUUCCAAAUGCUGUACAUUUUACCAGAAAUCAUAUUGAAUUUUGCCCCACAAGAGAGGAAAAAUAGCUUCUUAUUUGAGCAGCUGGGGGAAGGGGACUUUGAUUUGGUUUUUGUGUUGCCCUCUUCAGAGAUGAUGCAACAAAUCUAUACUUGGCCUUAAAGGAACAAAGGUACAGAAUGAGACAUAUUAAUGUUCCAUUAGUGUUGCUGUAGGUCAGUGUGCUCUGCCUACCUUCUGGAUCAUGCUGUUAGGGGUACAUGUGUUGAAGGGCUUCACUAUUCUUCAGCAAGUAACAGGACUUUUUGUCCAUGCAGCAGCUGUUAGUGAACUUGGCAUUCAGAGAGACAGUGAGAUGCAGCUCCAGGCUCCUUUUGACAGUGGUCUGAGUUUCAGUUUUCAAGAAACUGGCUCCUGGUCCCUCAGACAGUGUCUGCCUAGCCUGCGGAGAACCAUCGUGCUGCUUCUUUCCUGCAAAUUUUCCAACAAAUGGAUUGGGAAAAGGGAACACCGUACGUGUGCCUGGAAUGAGGGGAUCAAGUGGCAACAUCUGUAUGUGGAUUCUUGUGUUUCCCAGCAGGAUGCCACAGGUGUGGCCAAGUAGAUUUUCCAAAUGUUGGGAAGAGAAGGUGGGAGAGAAAUACUCCCUUCUGCCCACCUUUUGGGUUCCAAACAGGAUUGAUGUUGGGCAUGACAGAAGUAAGCUACCAUCCUAAGGCUGCAGCAACAUGUUGCAACCAUUACAGUAAAUUACUUGCCCAGUCCUGUGUCUGUUACAGGCCUCAGGGCUGCUAAAGCAGUUCUCAUGUGUACAAUAUGUGCACUGGUUUUGCUCUAACCUACCAAUGGACGACUGGAAAGGGUCUUGUCUACAAUGCUGCAGACAUGCUGGAGAAAGACUAAUCUUAGACUAACAGGUUAACAUGUUCAUCUCUCAAGAAAUUGAGAUUAAUGAAAGAACUAAUGGCCGGAAGCUAAAGCAACUUGGAGCAAGAAAUUAGGAGGAAAGUGAUGGGAGAAUCCCUCAGAGUUACAUAAGAACUAUCAAGGAAAGUGGCCUCUUGAUACUCUUGAAGAAUAGAAGGCAUACUCCAGACAAAACUGAAGCUUUUAGGUGAUUAUCACCUCAGUCUCUCUGUGCAGUCCCUCUAGGCCCAGCUCUGAAUCUACACUUCUGCAUGUACGUGUAAACAAUGUGCUGUAGGGUCUUACUGUGUGACUGGGUUUUUGCAGAAGGCAAUUAACACAUAAAUGAAUCACCAAGGAAUAUUGCCUUACAUCAGUGGGCUUGUCCUCAAACCCUGUGUGUACACAACAAGAAGUUUUAUCCUUCAGUCCUCCUCUUAGAAAAUGCUUGCCUGGCUACACAGAUCUACAAAUCAAGAUGCUCAAGAUUCUUAGCAUUUCUACAAAUACUAUAGUUUCUAAACCGGAUUUGUGUUUUUCUUGUCUCUGUAAGCAGUUGGAUAUCCUGCAUCAAAACAACUGUGGCAAGAUUGGUAUACUGUUUACUAAACCAUACCUUUUUUUCAGGCCAGAUAAAGCAGUGACUAACAAACGUACCCAAAAUUUUGACUUGCGCAAUAGCCUGACCAGCUUUUGUGAUGGCAUAUUGACUACAAAUGUUCAUGGCAACGAAAAACCUAAUUGCUUUGAAAUUGUAAAAGGAGGUAUCCAGUACGUUAUUAAUACCGUACAAUCAGGUUUUACAAAAUGACUUUAUAUCCUGUAUUCCAGUCCAGCUCUGAAAUUCUUGAUCUUGAG